AUGCUGCGCUUCCCCGUGAAGAAGAUCCGGAAGCAGUUCAAGCUCCUGCUGCUGCUGGUACUGCUCACCUCCGCCGUGUGGUUCACCUACCUGCACAUCAACCAGGGCAAGACCAUCAAACUCCACUUCAACUACGGGAAAGAUGGAGAGAGACAGACGGAGGGGACGGACGCCAGCCGUAAGAGGGACACUCGCUCCUCAGCCGGCCACCACAAGAGUGAGGACACCAGCGACAGCAGGGAGGACGAGGCGGCAGAUGAUGAGCCAAUCACAGGAGGGGCCAAUGGCAGAGACAAUACCCACGUCCGGAAGUUCCUCAGCCAGCGCCACAAGAAAUUUCCAUGGAAACCAGAGUAUAAGGGCCAGGCCAACCUGCAUGUGUUUGAGGACUGGUGCGGCUCCUCCAUAGCCCAGCUCAGAAAGAACCUGCACUUCCCUCUCUACCCUCAUACCAGAACCACAGUGAAGAAGCUGGCAGUAGCUCCGAAGUGGAAGAACUAUGGCCUGAGAAUAUUUGGCUUCCUUCAUCCUUACAGAGACGGUGAUUUCCAGUUCUCGGUAUCGUCUGAUGAUAACUCUGAGCUGUGGCUGAGUCCUGAUGAAAGCCCUCUCAACGCCAGACUGCUAGUCUAUGUAGGACAGCUGGGUACAGAGUGGACCGCUCCAGGCGAGUUCAGCAAGUUCAGGUCCCAGUCCUCCAAGUCUGUGCACCUGAUCUCAUCCAGACGAUACUACUUCGAGAUCCUCCACAAGCAGGAUGACAAGGGCUCGGAUCACGUGGAGGUUGGGUGGCGUCCAUUCCUCCCCGGUCUGAAAUAUGAAGUGAUAGACUCAGCCUACAUCUCCCUGUACACAGAUGAGUCCAGUUUGAAGAUGAACAGUGUGGACCACAUCCCCCAGACCUUGGCCAGUCACAUCCGUCUCCCUGAGGAGUCUCAGCCCCAGGGUGUGGAAGGAGGCAGCAGCAUCAUGCAGCACGGAGCGGAUAUGCUGAAGCCGGACCCCAGGGACACCUUCUACAGCACUCCUAUGAUCGACCCCUCCCGCCUGGAAAACGUUCUGCCGGCCUGUCUCUACUCGCCAACCUACGUGGUCAAAGAUUUUCCCAUCGCUAGAUAUCAGGGCCUGCAGUUUGUUUAUCUAUCCUUUGUCUACCCCAAUGACUUCACACGUCUCACCCACAUGGAGCGAGAGAACAAGUGUUUCUACAGAGAGUCUCCUAUCUACCUAGAAAAAUUUGGCUUCUACAAAUAUAUGAAGAUGGAUGAGGAGGAAGAUGACAGACCGUUCUUCUUCCCCAAUCCAGAUGAUUUCCUAGAGGAAGAGGAGGUGGUCGAAGGCGAGGACGAGGCAGAGAUCGUUGGCACACAGUCGCCCAAGAAGCCCUCUCAUCCCAGCCUGACCAGCCACACCUCCAACCCCUCCCAUCAGCACUCAAAGCCCGGGCCCACACCGGCCGGCAGAGAGGGGGAGGAAGAGGAGUCCUCCCUCUCUGCCCUUGCCAGCCGUGCCAAGCAGAUCCUCAGCAACUCCGCCCACAGCAACAAUCCCUAUGACAAGAACAACAACGCCCACAACAACAAGCUGGCUGGAAACAGGAAGGAGGAGAACAAGAUCUACAUCACCAGGCCUCGGCCCACCACAAGGCUGGUCAACCUGGGUGCCAAAGGACAUGCCGGGGGAGGGGUUACAGGAGGUAGGAGCCUUGUUAGUGCUCCUCAGCUCUGGCCCAACCCCCCCACAAAAGGGGGUAAGACAUCUCCUCACAAUGGAAGCAUCAACAUACAAAAUGAAAGUGUACAGAAGACUGUCAGGAGAUCAGCAGUGGCAAAACAACCAGAGAAAAGCAAGAGGAAAGGGGAGCAUCAGGAUUUGAAGACGACUGUCACGGCUGAUCUACCCAGCAAAGAAGGCCCACUAACUCCCCUAUCCCAUCACCAAGACCCCCCUCCCCCUCUAGUUACCCUGCCAAGGUUAAACUCCACAGAAAACAUGCUCCAAGGUCAAUCGAGGGUCACCUCUUACCUCAAGAUCUCAGAGAUCACCGAGUCCCAGCAGCAGCCAGACCCGGACCCCAACCCGGGGGAACUCGACCAGGAUACAAACCGCUCUAAUCCAGACCCCGACCCGGAUCCCGAGCCGGAGCCAGAGGAGGGCGAGAUGUCGGACUACAGCUACGAGGAGGUGGAGGCUCGGCCGGGCUGGGCGGAGGAGAGCAUCAACUGGCAGAGGACCUUCUCAGUCAAUCCGAUGGACUUUGAGCUUCUGCGCUCUGACUGGAACGACCUGCGCUGCAAUGUGUCCGGCAACCUCCAGCUGGCAGAGAGCGAGGUGGUGGACGUGCUGGCGCAGUACAUGGAGAAACUCAACGAACGCAACGGAGGGAUCUACACCCUGCUGCGGAUUAUCAACGUGGAGAAGCGGCGUGACUCGGCCAGAGGGAAUCGCUACCUGGUGGAGCUGGAGCUGAUGGAGAGGGGCCGCAGCGUGGUGCGUCUGUCAGAAUACAUUUACCUGCUGCUGCACCGCGGCAGGCAAGGGGAGGAAAGCCUAGAGAACACCGACUCUGCCCCGGCCUCGGCACCAGCUUCAGCCCCCUCCCCUGCUACAUCCAGCCUCGCCACCCCGCCGCCCCCUCCCUCCACCAAGUCCCCCGCCCGGCCCGGAGCGACGCCGUGGAGCACCGCCUAUGCUAAGCCUCUGCUCUGCCAGCCGGUCAUGCUGCAGUGGAGGAGAGAUGUCAUGGUGCACUUUGUGGUGCCGGUGAAGAACCAGGCUCGGUGGGUACAGCAGUUUAUCUCUGACAUGGAGAAUCUUCACCGCCAGACCAAGGAUGACAAUUUCAGCAUCAUCAUCGUCGACUUUGAGAGCGAAGACAUGGACGUGGAGCAGGCGCUCAGAGACAGCAGUGUGCCAAGAUACGAGUAUCUUAGGAGAGAGGGGAACUUUGAGCGCUCAGCGGGACUGCAGAUCGGAGUGGACACCAUUGAGGACAGUCACAGCAUCGUGUUCCUGUGUGAUCUGCACAUCCACUUCCCUCUCAACAUCUUGGAAAGCAUCAGGAAGCACUGUGUCGAGGGACGCCUUGCUUUUGCUCCCAUAGUCAUGAGACUCAGCUGUGGCAGUUCACCACGAGAGCCUGACGGUUACUGGGAGGUAAAUGGCUUUGGCCUGUUUGGAAUCUACAAGACAGACUUUGAUAAGAUUGGAGGGAUGAACACAGAGGAAUUCAAAGACCGCUGGGGUGGAGAGGACUGGGAGCUGCUGGACAGAGUGUUGCAGAAUGGUUUGGAGGUUGAGCGACUACGCUUGAGAAACUUCUUUCACUACUACCACUCCAAACGAGGCAUGUGGAACGCCCAAAACAAGAAAACUCCUAAGGGAUAGCUGUUCCCUGCUGGUCGGAGGAUCCUGAAAACCUACCUGCAGAUCCACUGUGUGUGAGAGAGAGAGAGACCUCUGGUAGCUCGCUCCACUGCCUGAACUCUGCCUUUUCUUGAAGCCAGGCUCCUUUUCGGGGAUGCCUCUGUUUCGCCAGCGGCCCCUCUUGUAUGCUUGUCUGUAUGAGGAAACGGAGUCCAAAUGUGAACUUUGGAAGCGAGCUGUUUAUGCAGACAGAUCUGAGUCAUCACUUUGCCUCACUGACUGAACUACUGUACAGAGAGAAGAGAGUUAUUUUUGUUCUCCUUCUCUCUGCCCUUUUUUUGGCGCAAUGUUUUCAGACAGACUGGAAAGCAGCUGUUUUCGUGUGUGUGUUUGUGGGUAUGCGUGAGUAUGUGCUGUAUAUAUACAAGUGUGUGUGGGUGUGUUGCCGCUUGCGUGUGCUUAUGAUGACAGGAAGCACCUUUUUCUAACAAGGAGAUGAGAAGACAACCUAAGAUCUUUUUUUCUAACACGCUCUCACAUGGGAGCCUUAUAGAAUGUGUGACAACAUGUUAUUCCGAUAGAUUCAGACAUGGUGGCGUAGCUCGAGUAGAGGAACUAUGGUUUUGGUAAACACUAUUUCUAAAUACAUCAACUACUACCUGUUGAAUAUCAUUAACCAGUAUGACCGAGGUGCUGACGUUUUCCCGAUAUUUGAUAUUAUGAAACAAAAAGUUUCCUAAUCAGAGAAGCCCUUUUCCAAACAGACACUGACAGAUGCAUCAUCUUUACAUCUCUUUCUGUCCCUCUCUCUUUUAUCUUCAAUUCAUCUUCAGCGUCAUGGUAAUCUGUGUAUUUGUAUCUCUUGAAACGUUAUAUAGAGCCCUGCUGCUGUUUUGUAAUAUCAGUUUUACAUCCAGAUUACUGCUAGCUAUCGGUUAUGACUUGAUUAAUUUUGUUUCAUUAACUGAAAUUUGUUUUUCUGUUAGUUAUUUAAAAGGGGGUUUUCAUUUGUACAGACGCGCUAAUAUUUGGGGGUGCUAUUUUCUGUUUUAAAACACUGAAUUUGUGACUGGUUUACACUUUUAAACUCUACUGACGGUAUCCUUCAUUCCCUCCACAUCUCUAACCUCAUUGUCAACUGGAACGUGACACUGUAACAGGAGGGGAGCUGAGGACUACGACAGCUUUCUGACAUUUGAUUUGAAGUUGUCACACCAUUGUUUUUUAAGCAUUUUCUGAGCUGAGAAUUGCAUUUCAUAUAUUAAAUUUGGGGGAUUAAAACUUUAUCUCUCAUAUUAAAAAUACCACGAGACAGGUUAAUGCUUCGCUGUUGAAAACGUCGACACUCUUCUUUUAAGCUUGUAUAAAGCUCCGGCAGGAGGGGAGAGCAGUUCAUGUGUCAGACAGGAUGUGGCAAGGCAUGGCUGUUUCACAAAUGUGUGCCUUUAUCAGGGUUUGGCUGCAGGCAGUUUUUAAACUACUCUAAUGACAGAAGAGGGCAGGGACAGACAGAAGUACAAUGUUAUUUAUCAGCAGGCUGUAAUGUCACUGUAAAUUCAGAUACACUGUAAAAGAAGGAAAUAUGGUUCUCUUAAACAGAUUACAGAUGUGUCAGUCUGUUUGUUAUAUUACCUUAGAAGCAAGGAGUGGUCUUUGCAAGCCAGUUGCCCCUGUUGGUGAGAUAGACAGAGAUGGUAUAAAUGACUACUGAGAGGGAACGGGAGGUGUCAUGGAAACUCACUGGCAGCUGCUGUCCAGCGGGACCCCACCUGCUCCCAUUAGUUUGGCUGGAGGCCGGGCUGCUAAUGCCUCUGUUUAUGCAACAUGGUACUUAUAUUGAUGGGGAACGGCUGGAGGGCUCAAGACUGGACAUAUAUAUGGAUGAAAGCUAAUGAUCUGUUAUUGACUAUGCGAUUGUCAAAAAAUGCCCUCCAAGACCCUCUCUUUGCCUCUACAGGAAAAAAAAGGUCUAUUCUGUACGUCAUUUAACAUUGACAUGGGAUUAUUUAAAGAACAAAAGAAACACAUUAAAUAUAAGAAUAUAUAUAUAAGAAACAUAAAAAUGAAA